AUGAAGGGUGGAAGGACUCAACGAAGACAAAGGUGUCAGUGUUCUUUGGAACGACGGUUGGGGCUUCUUUGUCGGCGACUCAAUCCUUCAUCAGACACCAUUGCCGUGGUAGAGUUUCCAGGAGAAAUAUUUAUGAGGAUGUUGAAGAUGCUGAUGGUGCCCCUGAUAGUGUCCAGCAUGAUCACAGGUGUUGCAGGCAUGGAUCGUCAAACAUCAGGAAAGAUGGGACUUUUCACGUUCGUGUAUUAUGUAUCUACAACAUUGAUCGCGAUCAUCUUAGGGUUUAUCCUUGUUUUCGCCAUCAAACCUGGAAACAUUGACGUCACAUCAGCGAAUGGGCAUACUUCCGAUGACACUCGUAUCGUUUCUUCAAGGGAUGUUUUCAUGGACCUUGUGAGAAACUUGUUCCCUGAAAACAUCGUGCGUGCGGCCUUUCAAACUACUGGCACAGGGUACACGAAGAAAGAGACAUCAAUGGGAAAUAUAGACCGAAAUGAAACAAACUCGUUUGUUUCUGGAACAAAUGUAUCAACCCAAGAACAACAUGAAAUGGAGAUGCAUGGACGCAAUCCCGAGUGGGUGGCAAAACUUGAAUACAAGGACGGAGUCAAUACAAUCGGCCUGCUGGUUUACUGUUGUGUGUUUGGAGCCGUCCUUGGGAAAAUGGGAAAACCUGGCAAUGUUCUCCUUAAAUUCUUCGAUGCCAUUUCCUUCAUCACUAUGAAAAUGGUUGGCUAUGUCAUGUGCUAUGCCAUCCGAUGGAAUUGCGGGAUUCGUCCGGCUGUGCCGUUUCCGGGAAGCGGUACUCGCCGAUUGGAAUCCCUCUCUCUGGUAACUGGCAAGAUUCUAGGUGCAAAGGAUCUCGCUGAGACGGCUCAACAUCUUGGGAUGUACAUGGUCACUGGUCUAACUGGCCUCUUCAUUCAUACUGUGUUCAUCAUUCCGUUGAUAUACUUCGCUUUCACAAGAAAGAACCCAUUCAGAGUAUCUCUAGGAAUACUCCAAGCUCUCGCCACUGCGUUGGGAACUGACUCAAGUGCGGCUACACUUCCGGUGACAAUACGUUGUUGUGAGGAAAAGUUGAAGAUUGACCCGGCAAUCACCCGUUUUGUUCUACCUAUUGGGGCUACUAUUAACAUGGAUGGUGGAGCUAUAUUCCAAGUUGUCACUUCCGUCUAUCUGGCUCAGCUAAGCAGGAUUCAUCUGCAGUUUUUACAAGUGCUUACAUUGGGCCUUGCCUCCACACUGGGCAGUAUAGGGGCAGCAGGAGUUCCUGGCACAGGGAUUAUGAUCACAAUGAUGGUAAUGAUCUCUGUAGGACUGCCAGUGAAGGACCUGUACAUGGUAAUGGCUGUCGACUGGUGUUUGGGCCGAAUGAGAACAAUGACAAAUGUCAGCGGUGACUGUAUGGCAGCCUCAAUUCUCCAGCACAUCUUUAAACCUGGUGUGGGAGAUGCGGCGCCCAACAAGGAUGAUCACAGCAGAGCUGCACUAGAAGACGCAGACAGAAUAACAGGAGACAAUUAUAUUGUGUGAAAUGACUUUGAAAUGUUUUCCAAUAGUUCCUACAUUUACAUCCUCUAGUAUUGUGACAAUGACCUGUAUCACCCACUCCUUCAGGAUCACGUAGUAACGUGACACUGAUCUGCAACACACGAAGAUGGGCACACUAACAUGACACAGUAAUCUCCGGCCUACAAACAUAGCGUCACAUACACAUACUAA